ACGUGCGUUGCGACAGUUUGGAAUGGAAACGAAUGUUGAUAUCAUUGAAAUGAUGUGUCGCACUCGCAGCGAACUCCUUGCUCUAUCCCACUCACCUUUAGUGUUGUUUAACAACGGGUAAGACCGUGUUCUUAGGCUGGCCGUGAGGUACGUUUUGCGAUUUUUGACGCAAUUAUGAAUAGCUAGCAUACACACAUUGGUAGAGUUCGGACUAAUUUGGACUGUACAGCCUAAUUUUGUGGUUCAAGUACGUUUUCAGUUCAAUUCUUCCAAUGCUUUGGUUUUGUUGACGGGAACUGAAUACCCCUCCUUAAUGUGUCGCUACAUCCUUGACAAACCUAAAUGACAGGACCUUCUUAAGCGUGGACACGGAUUAUAUUACCGGAUUUUGGAUAUUAUAUGAAUUCAUAAAGACGUGUGUCAUAUUUAUUGUGUCACGCUAUUGCCUCUUAAAAAUACUGGCAGGAUAAUUUAGAAAUCCGCCUGGUGUUUUAUUCUGAAAUUCCCGAGCGGAAAGCGUGCCUGGUUCUCUUAUGAUUGACGUUGUCAGGAAGUGGGAUGUGGCCAGAUUGUAUUUGUGCUGCUGUUCGAGAUAUGAAAAUCAUUGAAUCAGCGCGCUUCGGGACCUCUGCUUCGUCGCAGGUGACCGCGGGGAUUAGGACAGUGUUGCCGAGCGUCACUCAAGUUGCCGUGGGUGGUCGAAGGCAGCAAACAGAGCCGCUUGGCUACCUACGUCUGGACUGGGCCACUUUCCUAAAGGUCUCACCACCGCACGCCCAAACAAUGUAUCGCACAUAUACCCAAUGCGAUUCUUACGUAAAAAGUAUGUGAAUCCAUACAGUGACGUUUUUUUACUUGAUGUAGGACCGAGAUUAGUGGGCUGUGUUGUUUAUUACUAAUGUCAGCGAGUCAUCAUCGCCGAAUGAUGAUGAAAUCCACGUUAGCGCUCGGCAGACUGGAGCUGACUUCCAGCACAGUCCCUGUCGGGGUCAACAUCAGCCCGUGCAUCUCCCCGGGACUCUCCGCCAAGGAGAAGAGCGGCCAGCGGCCAAAGGAACCACAAGGCCCGGCUCACCUGGAUGGAUGCGUGCCUCUGUCUCAUCAGGUGGCGGGUCACAAGUAUGGAGUCGAUAAAGUGGGAAUUCUGCAGCAUCCAGAUGGAACAGUCUUGAAGCAACUCCAGCCUCCACCCAGAGGACCAAGAGAGAUGCAGUUUUACAGCAUGGUAUAUGCAGAGGACUGCUGUGACCCAUUUCUUCUUCAGCUCCAGAACCAUCUACCAAAAUAUUACGGCACCUGGUCCUCUCCUGAUGCACCUAAUGACCUGUACAUGAAGCUAGAGGAUGUGACUCGACACUUCGUCAAGCCGUGCAUCAUGGAUGUGAAGCUCGGCCAGCGAAGCUACGAUCCUUUCGCCUCACAGGAGAAAAGGGAGCAGCAGAUCAGGAAGUACCCACUAAUGGAGGAGAUAGGCUUUCUUGUCCUUGGCAUGAGAGUUUACAAGCUUUGCGAUGACACGUUUGACACGUUCGACCAGCAUUAUGGAAGGGGACUUCUGAAGGACACCAUUAAAGAUGGCUUGGCUAAAUUCUUCCACAACGGCAUUUGUCUAAGGAAGGAUGCCGUGGCAGCCAGCAUCCGCAGAGUGAAAACUAUCCUCGGCUGGUUUGAGUCUCAGCGUCAGUUGGCCUUCUACGCCAGCUCUCUUCUCUUCGUCUACGAGGGUCUCCCCUCGUCUUUCACCUCAAGCGCCUUUUCCUCCCUCUUCAGCACACCCACAAUCAGCCCAAUUGCGGGCAGCAGGUGUUGGGAUGGGGAGGAAGAAGGAAGGCUGGAAAUAGGAGGCAAGAAAGAAGAGAUGGCAGAGUACAACAACAACAACUUUCAGGUUGCAGUGCCCUGUGAUUGCAGCCUAGACUCUGUUUACACCAAUCAUAGGAAAGGUGGCCUCCAUAUUUGUGCUAAGAGCAAAACUCAUGGCAACAGUGGAGAUGCUUGCACUUUGGGGACAACAACAUGCCAACCCAUUUCUGGAGAGAAACUGCCAGAGGGCCGUGAGCAAGACAACUCUACGUGGUUGUCCCAACAACCACCAAACGGAAAUGGAAACAAAUCCCAACUGGAAGGGAAGGCGGAGGACAAAGAGAGGGAGAAGAGCAGCAGGAGAGAGGAGGACAUAAUGCGAGGACAAGGGGGAGAUGACGCAGCAGAAUUGAGCAGAAGGGAUGCGGACGUGGAAGUCAAGAUGAUCGACUUUGCCCACGUUUUCUCCAGCGAGAGCCACGAUCACGGCUACAUUUACGGCCUCAAACGUCUGCUGACUGUGUUGGAGCAGAUCCUCUGCGAUGAUGUUUAGGCUCCUCCUCUUUUUACCUCCUGAAAAUGAACCACUGUCUCCUCCUACCUGUCCAUUCUCAAAUCUUGGAACGGCCAUCAUCAUCUCAUCUGUGGUAGCUCUCGUGUGUGUGCGUGUUUGUGAAAGCCAGAGGCUGACAGCAGCUCGACGUGCUAACCAUUCCGAUCGAGGUAUCUUUCAUGACGCUCACGAUGAACCAACUCCAAAAUGUGACCUAACCUUUCCUGUACUCCUUUUAAAUUACACUGGAUUUGACAAAUCUAUUUUUAUAUCAUGGCCACAAAAAAAUGUUGUUUCUCAGAACAUCUCAAAUCUUAAGUGAGCCACAGAUGUUUAUAUCAUAGUAACUAUUUGAUAAUAUUUUUAGGAGGUGGUUUUUGUAAGGAUGCUGAGAGACAUUAGCUCUAUGCAUGAAAAAGGUGUAUUUUCUCAUAUUCUUUUUGAAACCACACAGAUAGUAGGCCAAAGCUCAAUUUUAGAAAAAAAAAGACAUGUGAUCUAUUAAAAUAUUCCACAUUACGUUCGAAUUGGUAAACCUGAUUGUGUGUUUGCACAACUUGUUGAUGUCAGACAUCGAUGCAACAAGACGUCCACUGUUCCAUUCUAACAUGUUAUUCGUAAACCAAUCAGCAGACAGCAGCUUGUGCAACUCCACCCUACACAACAAAUGUUUAAACUUUGAACGUAAUUGUCCUGUUUAGCUUAGUGUCUUUGCAAUUGCUCUGCCACACGCGAUACUGAGAGCAGAUCAGAGAAGUAAACACAACUAUUUAGAGACGGAAACUACGUAAUGUCAGGUACUCUAUAUUUGUGUGGAUACAUUUUUAAUUUGUGGAAACAAUUUUGAAAAAUACAAACAAUCUGACCAACAGCAAUUAUCAAAGCACUUACUCUAGCGUUCUUGAUAUGAUACUACCUGGCAUUAUCACAACUGUCCUGUCGCUUUGGUGGUCAUAUCCCCUGUAGCUCCCUGCCUAUAGAAGACAUUUUCCUAACAUUUAGGGACUGCUUUGUUAUCCUGUGAUGUAUUUUUUCAACAUGAACACAGUAUUAGUAACAGUGUCUCUCAGCAUUCACAUACAAUUUCAGUCUUUUAGCAAUUCAUUAAAUUCUGCUCUGUGCAGCAUUAAAAUUCUGCAUAAUUGGCUCUGGUCAAAGUCUUACUAACGUGUUCAGGGCGUUCAAUUCUAUCAUUCGAUCGCCACCAGAAAACGGUUGUUCAUUGUGUUCAGUCAUUGCAACAAUAGCACAAUCUGUAAACAAUUAGAACUACGCUAUUGCAACUGGAUUUUCUUCAUUUACCGUAGGUUUACAGUGCAUUUUCAACUGGAAUUGGAAGCUCAUCAACAAUGUCAAAUUCAAGCGUGGUUUCCUAAAGCUUAAACUGACCCACUUUACUGCCGUGUCAGCCAGGUUAUCUGUACACUUUUACCUUGUGUUGUCACUUUUGUGUGUUUGUGGAAUCCAGUGUCAACAGGGAUUUGACUCAGGUAAUUCAUGGAAAAAAAUCACUCCAGGAUGCAUUGUUAAUAUUACAGGUUGUAAUGGCAUUAUAUAUGUAUGCAAGUAUGUAUGUAUGUAUGGGGAGUUAUAUGUAUGCAUGAUUGUGUAUAUACAAAUGUAUGUAUGUAUACAUACAUACAUACAAACAUACAUAUAUGUAUGAAUGUGUAUAUGUAUCCAUUUUUACUGCUUGUCAUAUAUACAUAUAUAUAUAUGUGUAUAUAUAUAUAUAUAUAUAUAGUACACACACACAGUAUGUAUAUAUCCACACGUUUGUGUAUUUGUUAUACAUAAGUGUGUGUAUAUACUGUAUGUAUACAGUUUUUUCCGUACCAUAGGGCACACCGGAUUAUACGACGCAUGGCCGAUGAGCGGGUCUAAUCAGGUCUAUAUUCAUACAAAAGCGCAUUAUGGGGUCAUAUUAUGAUUUUUCUUAAUUUAAAAUGGUCUACAUAACAUGUAAUGGUGGUUCUUUGGUAAAAAUGUUGAAUAGAUUUUCUAAAAGUCUCUUCAGGAUGCACUGUUUUGUGGGCGGUCUUAUUUACGUGGUUCCACUUCGACAGCGUCUUCUCCCCGUCAUCUUUGUUGUAGCGUGCAAGGACAAGGGUGGAAGAAGUGUCAAAAGAUGGAGCUAACUGUUUUAAUGACAUUCAAACUUACUUAAAUCUAUAAAGGAGCAGCGUCUCCUCAUCCGUGGCUAACAAUUGCAACAACAACGUCGGAAAUGUGUCCCGUGAAAAACCAGCCAGCCAGGACUCUAAUAACUAAAGUUCCGUGGAUUAAUUAUGUAAAUCCACUAAACCGGUAGUUUUUAGCGCUUCCAUAGCGAGUCUACUGUCAGAUAUAAGUUAGAUCUUUACUCUUCUUUGUAUUAGAAAUGGCAACAGCGGAGGAUGAAUGUCCCAUAACAAGAAGAUCGAGAAAAAGAAGCUUUUUGACUACGGCGUCGGCACAAAUUUUCAGGACUUAUGCAGAUCCCAAAUACAGAUCAGCAAGUACCAAAAGGUAAGAAAAGUUGAUUUUGCAUAAUAUUGCGAAACAAAAUGUCAUAUAACAUGUCUGCUAAUAGGUGCCAUUUUGUGGUCCUUAUACACACAAUAAUAAUACCCAAAUGUUGAAGUACAGUACAUCUGACUACGGUAGUCUUAAUGCUCCGACAAGCCAAGCCAAGCGGCUGCAUAGCUUGCCAAAGUCGUACGAAGACAUUUUGAUCGAUUUUUGAGCGCCGUUGUGUAAUGUUCUAUAUUGUAAAUGCCGUCAUAUUGCAGUCCACACGUAUCUCUUAGGUGUAACCGCUAUACACUGGUCACACUUAUUACACCAUGUACCAAAUAAAAUAGCUUUGAGGUCUGUAAGCACAACCAGAAUUAUCCUGUACAUUAGGCGCACGGUCGAUUUUUGAGAAAAUUUAAGGAUUUUAAGUGCACUUUAUAGUCCGAAAAAUACGGUGUGUAUGUGUGUGCAUGUGAAUGUAUGUGUGUAUAUGAGGGACAAGCAGUAGAAAAAUGGAUGUAUAUGUGUGUAUGUAUAUAUACUGUAUAUAUAUAUAUAUAUAUAUAUAUAUGCGAGUAUGUAUUUUUACUUUGCUUUUAAAUAGUAUACCUGCCUGACUACUUGUGCUUUCGUUUGGUUCUGGUUUCUGAUAUUUGCGACCUUAUUUUUUUAUACUAGAGGGUCAAAUAUUUGAGAGGCUGUGCUGCAAUUGAUAUAACAAAAAGGAUUAAUGGUGUGCUCUUCUGCCAUUGUUGUUGUUGUUGUCAUGGAUUGGAGAAUGAACGACUGAACAGUUGGAACAAUUCCGUUCUGGUGGAUACAAUUUAAUAAGACCACAACUUCUGAAGUCGAGUUUUAAGUUUGUAAGGAUGAAAAUGAGUCCUGCUUAGUGGGUGGAGAUAGACAGCAAAUGAAUGUUAUUGUUUUUCUUUUUUUGGGGGGGUGGGUCAAAUUAUUUUAAAGGAGACACACCGGUAUAGAAAAAAAAUACUUGUAACGUCAAAACUCAGUGAAAUACUGUAUUGACCCAAAUAUAAGUCAACCCCUUAUUUUCAAGACUUGUUUAUGACCAUGUAAGAGAAAUGAAAGAUGGUUAUAUCAAAUGCUGUUUUCAAUAGCGGUGAAAUAGCGGGUAGAUUGCAAUGAAACACUUAACGAUGACGUGAGGCGCCAUUACACUUCCACUCAUUCAUAAACCCUCCUGUCAGUCUCAUGGAAGUCAAGCACGAUAACCUUUUCUUCCAGAUUGCGACAACUCUGUGCAUCACACUUCCAUGUCUUAAAGCCACUUGACUCUUGUUUGUUUCAUUGAUUAUCAUUGUCUUAAAAUUAGCAUAAGAACUCCUCUGUUUGAUAACUUUCCCACCUCUGAGAAACGUAUUCGAGUUUUUUUUAUGUGUGUGCCGGGAUGAAAAGCUCCAGCACUACCUGCUGCUGCUUUGCAUCCAGACAUUAAAUAUAAAACAUGUCUUUUCAGAAUUGUCAUUGUGGAGAAGAAGUGUUCCUUUAUCCCAGCCAAUAGGGAGCUUCAACACUUGAAGGCUAAGCCCUCGCUUGAAAAUAAGACAGGCCUCAAACAUGUCACAGGCAUUUUAAGACCCCAAGAAAGCGUGUUAAAUGUGUGAAAAAGAGACACGAAACGUCUCCUUUAAUUCUAAACCAGGGGUGUCAAACAUACGGCGCGGACAGAUGAGUUUGCUAAGUAUAAAAAUGAGCCAAAACAUUUUUAGUGAAAGAAACUGCUGUUCUAAAUGUGUCCACUAGAUGUCGCCAUAGCAAUUCUUUGUAUCUUUGUAGAUUAUACUACAUAUGUAAAAACAAAAAACUAGAGAUGUCCGAUAUUAUCGGCCGAUAAAUGCGUUAUCGGUAUCGUUUUUUUUGUUUUGUUUUUUUAAUUAACAUAAAAAACACAAGAUACACUUACAAUUAGUGCACCAACCCAAAAAACCUUCCUCCCCAAUUUACACUCAUUCACACUCAAUCACACAAAAGGGUUGUUUCUUUUUGUUAUUAAUAUUCUGGUUCCUACAUUAUAUAUCAAUAUAUAUCAAUACAGUCUGCAGGGAUAGAGUCCGUAAGCACACAUGAUUGUGCGUGCUGCUGGUCCACUAAUAGUACUAACCUUUAACAGUUAAUUUGACUCAUUUUCAUUAAUUACUAGUUUCUAUGUAACUGUUUUUAUAUUGUUUUACUUUCUUUUUUAUUCAAGAAAAUAUUUUUAAUUUAUUUAUCUUAUUUUCUUUUAUUAUUAUUUUUAAAAAGUACCUUAUCUUCACCAUACCUGGUUGUCCAAAUUAGGUAUAAUAAUGUGUUAAUUCCACGACUGUAUAUAUCGGUUGAUAUCGGUAUCGGUAAUUAAAGAGUUGGACAAUAUCGGAUAUCGGCAAAAAGCCAUUAUCGGACAUCCCUACAAAAAACACAUGAUAUUAAUGCACCAGUCGGGGAAAAUGAGCAAACUACAUAAAUAACAUCCUGUAAUUUGAUUUUGAUAUAAUUUUUUUAUCUUGGUAGUUUGACAAUUAACAUCAAUGAGUUGACUGAUGAACAUUAUCACAUAAUUUAUUCAGAAAGUAUAAAUAAUGACAAAUAAAGAUAGAAUACUAUUAACCGCAACAUGUAAGUGUAAAAAAAUAAACAUGAUUUGUACAUUUUCAGAAUGUGCUUGUUCUAUUUGUAAACAAAGAAAACAAUCUGAAGUUGUCUUUAUUUUUAAGUUAUCGUGCCGUGAUUUUAGCAGUCCGGCCCAAUUGGGAGUAGAUUUUUCUCCAUGUGGCCCCCCAUCUAUAAUGAGUUUGACACCCCUGCUCUAAACGUAUAGUUAUUUGCCUCAUUUUAUUUUAUUUUAUUUUCCAAUUGUGUUCAAAUUUUACAGAUGGAUUAGAAUUGAGAAUUCUGUAUAUUUAUAGAGGUUUGUAGUUUGUUCUUAAUAUAAGCUGACGCUGCAGAAAUGAUGGCUGGACAGAGGAAGCUGAGACUAAAGAUGCAGGAACCACUUGGAUAAUGUGAAAAUAAAACACCAGAACCUUAAGCAGAAUUCAGGUUCGUAACUUUGCUGGUAAAGGAAAAAAUAUUCUCCUAUUGGUCCGCUCAACUCCAAUAUAUUUAUCUAGUACAUGAAAUAUUACUUUCAGUGCUGCUGGGCAUUAGUUUGAAUCCAACAUUCUGCAAGGUGUGUGUGCGUGUGUGUGAGAUGUUUACUGCCCUACUUUGAACUGAUGUGCACAUGCAGGCCUUUUUACACAAUAUGUAGCUUUUAAAUAUAUACAAUGAAAAUGAUAACCCCUUUGUAUUAGAGCCCAGUUGCAACUUAAAUGUGACAAAAAGAGACGGCUGGUAAUUACAAUCAACAUACUGUACAUUUGAAGAGUCUUUAAACGUUUACAUGAUUUAGCAAAGCUGUAUCUGGAACCGCUUCAUAAACUUGAUUGGGUUUUGUCUUUGUCUUCUUGAUAUUUUCCUUCAUUCAGUCUGGCAGCUUUAUCAGUCUUGCUGCUCGUCUGGCUGUGGCAAGCUAACAAAAGUCCAUAUCCUGCAUAUUCACGUGUAAUAAUUGUUGUCACUGAUGCAAGCUUGUUGUGUAACGCCAUAACCAUGCUACCAUACUUUUACACACGCCUAACUUUAUGUACAAACCUUUUACAGCGGAAUAGUCUACUAUUUUUUAAAUGAUCCUUAUCAGUUAUAACGACAAAGCAGGGGUGAGACGUGUACAUUAUACAAAAGUUAUUACAAUUUAUUAUGAAAAAACACACAGAAAUAUAAGGUUCUUACUUCUUGUCUUUUGUUUUUUGGUUUGCCAAACUUUAUUGAGCCCGAACACAUUGCAGUGCAGUCUCUAAAUUGAAAUGUUUAAUUUGAUUGCAUUUCAAGUUUUUUGGGGGGCAAUUGAAGUAAGCUGUUCAAACUAUGAUGAGUUGAUGAUCAACAAUAAAAGAGUUGACUGCUGUUUGAAAUCAAAUGUAAAAACAAUAAAACUCUCUCAUCCUUAACGUUGA